CUUAAUUUGACAGAAAGUUCUUCGUGGAGGACAGUGAGCAGACCCUGCAUUUUAAUUGGAAUCCUAGUGGUUGAGUCAUCUCUGUUGUGGGUCAUAAAGUACUAUCAAACUGCACAGCAAACUUAUCCAGGAUCCAAUUGAAACUGAGACCGACUCCGUGAUAAUGUAUCCAUAUAUACUGCAGCGCCCAAAUUAUAUGUACCGCCUCAGGCAGCUUUCUUGUGGGAAUUAUGCGGGAAUAUAGUGGUCCCGCUCAUUUCAGAAGAAGCCGGUCAGCUGUACUUAGAAAAUCAUACACGAGCAAGGAUGUGCUCAGAUAGCUGAAUUCCCCUGUGGCUUCUAUUCUACUCGAUGAGGCACGGUCUUCUCCUGUGGCAGCGAAGCUCUGGUAGCUACCGGGGGAGAGCGGAGAUCAACAGAGUAGAAUGCCCUGAGGUACGACUGCUUUGGGACAUCUGGAUGAACAGUGAGUGGGUCAUGGUAUUGCUUGACGAGGAGGGUCGGAAUAAGCUCUUAAUCUCGGGCAAGUGUAUUUUCGUAUUUAAGGAGCAGAGCGUGAGCAAGAGGAGGAUCUAUCAACUCACCGUCAUGGCACCAGGAGAACACCAUGCAGUUGAUGUUGAGCAGCUUGUCUCUUCAAUGGAGACAACCUUGUCAUCCCAGAGCUUCUCCAUGUGUCCAGACAGCUGCAUCUUUCCCACCCCAAACAUCCUCCUGAGGCACAGCAGGAAAGCCUACACCCCAACCGCCUUCUCUAUCGGUCCCCUUCACCAUCGGAAGGCCUACCUGAAGCGGACCGAGAAGGUCAAGCAAAAGUACCUCCAGAACCUCGUGUCCCGGACUGGUGUUGCGCUGAAGGACCUGAUUGGCACAGUCGCAAAGAUCGAGGCAGAUGCCCGUAAGCACUAUGCAGAAUAUAUAGACUUUCGUCCCGAGGAGCUGGUGAAGAUCCUGGUCCUGGACGGCUGUUUCCUCAUCGAGUUUAUCCGGAAGCACAGCAUGAAAGACAGCUUGGCCCCGGAGAACGAUGAUCCCGUGUUCACGAUGUCCUGUAUGUUCCAGCACUUGUAUCACGAUCUGAUACUGCUCGAGAACCAAAUCCCCUGGAUCGUCCUUGAUCACCUGUUCAACCUGACGAGAGACCCACAGAAUCGACAGGGAACCUCCAAUGCAUCUAGCUCUAUCAAUUGGAAUUCGCCCGAUGACACCUCCCUCUUAGCUCUUGUCCUCGAGUUCUUCCACCACAUUCUACCUGGUGAUCCAAAGAAGUUGCAGGUCAAGACCGGCCAACCGAAGAGUAGGCAUAUUCUUGAGCUGCUAAGGGACCUGUUGAUCUCGAAUUCAAACACUAAUGGGCCGUUGAAAGAUGAAAACACAUGGCCUCCCAUCCCCUCGGCCACGGAGCUCGAGACCGCAGGGGUUACUCUGAGAAGGAGCAGUUCGCCGGGAUUGGACAUUUCCUUCAAGAACGGGGUCCUUGAGGUCUCACAGAUAACUAUCCAAGAGGUGACAGAAGCGCUGUUCCGAAACAUCAUAAGCUUCGAGCAGUGCUCCCAGAACUGUCUUCCGGUCUUCACUUCCUACGCCAUACUCUUGGACAACCUCAUUAAUUCUCCGGAAGACGUGGACCGGCUCUCCAAGAAGGAGAUCGUUGACAACUGGUUGAACCCCGAGGAUGCAACCAAGUUCUUCAACGAGCUGUACCAUGACGCUUACGUCAAGGAUUUCUACUACCCAAAACUCUGCUAUGACGUGAAGAGAUACUACCAGAUGAGCUGGCCCUCCUGGAGGACAUCGCUCGUGCAGAAUUACUUCAGUACUCCUUGGGUAGUCGCAUCCACCUUCGCUGCGAUCUUCUUGCUGGUGCUAACCUUCCUGCAGACCUUGUACAGCGUGAAAGGAGAUCCACAUAAAGGUCCAAAGUAGUUAACUUCGCGUGAUAAGAUUGGUCACUCGUUACUUCUUUUCUUUAUGUUCAUGCUCGUUGCCAUCUUUUUGUUUGGAUUUUCAUGUGAUGGGAUGUGAUGUAACCGGUAUCAGAGUAUGUACUCUAAUACACUCUAAUAAUCGGAAACCAUGAGAAAUUAUGAAAUAACUGGGAUUUUGUACUUCAAUGAAAUAUCAACAA